UGUUUAUUCUCGAAAAGACGCUAGCAAACAGUGAACGCUGGUCUAUUGUUGCAGUAUUUUUAUGCUAACAAUCUACCAUGGCCUCGCAAAACAUGGCUACGGCGCGUGAUAAAACGGGUAAAAUCUACAAAAUUCGUGAGCUGUUGGAAAGCAAAUUCGAGCAAGAGUACGAAGCGGAACAGAGGCUCAUCAAGAUGGAGCUUGAAAUGCAAGGCAAAGAGGCAAACGAACUAAUGAUGACGUGCGACGAUGAAGAUCCGUUCGAGGAUACCGGCGACGCCACGAUCGGGGACGUGCUGAAGAUACUCUCCUCCAUGUCGGGUCAGAUCGGGCAGCUGCACCGCAAGAUGGACCACAUCCAAAAGGAGGUGGAGGACGUUUCGAUCCGCGUGCUGCGGGUGGAGAAAAAGCUCGGCACAACGCUGGCCACACUCGAGCAGGUGAAGGACGCCGUUGCGCUGGGCGAAAAUGCGGCCGGUGCAGAUGCAGGCGAGCCCCCGUUCGAGUUCGAGCCAGUUGCUAACGAGGAGCAGCUGAACGAGCUGGACUACAGGCUCGCCACGGAUAGCACGUACCAGAGCAAUCUCACGAACUGGCUGAACAAGAAGAUACUGGGCGAGGAACCGAACGGUCGGCUGGUGGAAGCGAUGGAUCUGGUAUUCAGGCGCGAAUUUCUCCCACUGUGCAGCUGGAAGGGGCGGGGUAAGCCGGGGGAAGCGAAAAUACCCAUGAGCGCCCAAACGCACAUCAUGAAACUGUUUACCGCGCUGGGAAGCAAUCGCUUUAUUGCCAUUACGGAUGCGUUUGUGGCAAAGUUCUUUUUGAAAAAGCUGCCCCAUGCGAAGGAUCGGUUGCACGUGAAGAGAAAGAAGGUGACGCUCGCUAACCGACCGAACAGCCGUCCUGACUCCACACAGGUUCAAGAGUACGAGGUACUGUAAGCAUGCAGUGACACGAUACAAGGUAGGUUAAGUAUCGGAACAUUUCUUUAAAACAUUGAAUUCAACGAUUUUUCAAGGGAGUUCAGCAAUUGAAGCUCUUAAUUUUUAUGACAUCGAUUAAAAAAUACAAAUCGAACACGAAACAACAUCCCAAACAAAGCGUCAAGACGUGUUGGCUUUUUGUUUUUCGCUCAUCAAGAAGUGUAAAAUAAACAUUAGGUACAGCAAAA